GCGUGCCACAUCGGCUUCCUUCUCCAAUAGACCUGUAUGACAACUACAGGGAUAGAUAAGAUACAUAAACUUAAUCUGUAAUAGCAAUUCGCUUGAAGAUGAAUUACCCUACUAUUUUUUACUACCUCUUUAUUGAUGACCGAUGGUGGAAGAGAAGUGGAAAUGAGAUGGAGAUCGGCUGAUGGAGGGAGAUUCUUUCCUUGUUUGAGUCAAGGUCUUUUUAUGAUGGCAAUCCUACCAAACUGCAUAAUCAAGCGACCGGUCAGUGGUCACUGGUCAGUGUCAGUUCAGAAUAGCAGAACAGCAGCGGCAGUCUGCUUCAGUUUCAGUGAUCAGUGAUGUUGUAAGGCCAACAUGAGGUUCAUUUUGAGCGUCUUCUUUAUUGCAUCCACCUUUUUCGCUUCUUCUCUGUCACACAGGAAUCCAGCCGAAAGGCGAGUGGAUGAACUAAGUCAUCGGUUGAGAAGAGCUCUACCAAAAGAGAAUUCAAAGGAAGCGAAUCCAACUUGCUAUGGCUACAAUGGCCAGAAAGGCAGAUGCUUGCAUCUUGAAGACUGUUUUUUGCAGCCUUUGAAAGAAAACUACAUCAAGUACAGAGCUUACUACUGCAUCAUUGGCAGUGAAGUUGGUGUUUGCUGUCCAAAUGCCAUUGCUAUUCCUGAAAAGUACAAUGAGAACCAGUUCCUACCGGCAGCCAGGAGGAACUCGACAGGAAGGAGGCGUUCUUCAAGAUCUGUCACUUACGAAAUGACACCUGCUUAUUCAGAAAGCCAGGUUUUAGGUCGUCCAAGUGAUGUAUAUGAAGAUCAGCAAAGCAAAUCGAAAUUUCCCAAAAAGUACUCCAGCGAUAAUCAUGAUAAAAAGAAGAUUCCAAAAAAAUAUUCCAUCAAUAAGAAGAAAAGUAUGAAAGAGAUGAACGCCGUAGAGGUUGAAGGGAAAUCGAGGCACCGUAGAAGUAUUGGCGAUCAAGAUCAACAAAUUUGUGGUCGAAAUGGAAGAUUGCUGAGUCAGGUGCUGAAUAACAAGAACCAGAAUGUGGAGAACAAGGCCUGGCCGUGGGCUGUGACCAUAAUCAACGCCAACACCAAGGAGCACCAUUGCGGCGGGACUCUCGUUUCCAGAUACCACGUCAUCUCGGCAGCUCACUGUUUCAUUAUCGAUGGUGGACACGUGAUGAAGGAGGUGAUCUUGGCGCGGAUGGGCGAGUACGACUUCAAGCACGACGACGACAGCCGCUUCUAUGACUACGAGGUGGAGCGCAUCAUCAACCACCCUGACUACGACGACCCCAUCCAUGAGCACGACAUCACCGUACUUGUGCUCAAGCGACCCGUCCGCUACAACGUGUACGUGCAGCCUGCCUGUCUGCCCGCGCCUGACGACAACUACAACAAUAUGACUGCUGUCGUAGUCGGUUGGGGAAAGUUGGAUUUUGGAGGAAGAUCGAGCUCAGUUCUACGAGAAGUGCACGUCCCGGUUUGGGAGCAUGACCAGUGCGUGAAGAGUGUCACCCAAACCAUAUUCACAACAAAUGUAUGCGCUGCAGCCUAUGAGGGUGGCAAGGACGCUUGUCAGGGCGACUCGGGAGGUCCUCUGGUUGUACAGAGAGAUGACGGCCGCUGGAAGUUGAUAGGGGUGGUCUCAUGGGGAGUUCAGUGUGCCCUCCCCGGCAAGCCUGGCAUUUACACGGCGGUCAAUAAGUACCUCGAUUGGAUGAGCGAAGUCACUGGUGCCUAGUCACAAUCAUGUAUGUUUGACCUAGUUUUCGACUCAAUGAUAAGUGCUUAUAAUACAUUAAAAUAAACAAUGAAAGAGAAUAUUGAA